UGUCUGGUGGAUACCCUAGCCGGCGACACCCUCCUCUGCAAGCGCUACGGUGCUGUGCCGGCCGUCGAGGUCAAGCCCGUCGCCCGCGCCAUCGAGGCUGAGGCCUUCGACGCCGCCGUCGUCGCCGGCGGGGCUGCCGCAUCCAUCGAGGAGGGCAUCGAGGCGCUGCAACUCUACUCCAAGGAGGUCAGCCGCCGCCUCCUCGACUUCGUCAAGUCCCGCUCUGCCGCCGCCAAGGCCAAACCGUCGGAGGCGCCGCCGUCCGUCAAGGCCGAUCCUGAUUUCAAACCUCAAAAGAAGGAAGAUGAAUGA